UUCGCUUCUGAUCAUGGAUGAGAGCUGCGGCCACAGUAAGUUCUGCGCGAACUGUGGCCAUCCAGCUGCACCCAGCUUGAUACGAUGGCCUCAAGUCGAUAGUCACAAAUGGCUGUCGACCCUCAGAGCUGGACAUUUGCCUCCGGACGCUGACCGCGCCACGCUCGAGAAAGAGCUCGAUGCCCUACGCGCUGCCGCCGAUGCUCAUGAGCGAGAGCUUGAUAGGAUACGUACUAGGAUGGUCAACAUACAAGCAGACGUCGACCGCUUGUCAUGCUUUCUUCAAUCGCCUAUUCGACGCCUGCCCGACGAGGUGAUGGAGGACAUCUUGCUGUGGGCUUGGAUCGCGUCCAACUCCCACGCCUCUCGAGGUAUACCCGCUCGCAAACGUCAUCUCCAAAGCGCGGAGGAUCUCCCCGCGCUGUGUCCCUCGCGCGUGUACGCGCCUCCCCAUGUCUGCGCCUGGUGGCGUCGCCUCGUCUUGAAUAGGCCCGCUCCGCACCCUUACUACGAGCUCGCUACUCGUGAUCUUGUCGAUUUUAGGAAGGACGAUAGUGCACAAGGCUGGUGCUACGCCUUUCCGGACAACUUGGGUCCGACACUAGCGCGCUUGCCGUACCCCGACCUCAACAUUCGAAUUGACAACACUAAACAUGGAGGGAGGAUCUUUCCCACUCUAGACGAGACUAAUGCGCAUCCUGAGCGAUGGCGCUAUGCUGUGUUGGAGAACGUACCGUGUUGGAUCAUGCAGGAAGUCGGCGAACAGCAUCUCCCCUCCCUCCGAUACCUGCACAUGUCCCUUGGCCACGACGCGGAGCAAGAUGUAGGGCCUGCACUCAGUGCCCAGGAGCGCUCUCUUCUACUUCGCAACGCGCCGCAGCUUCACAGUAUUUCCCUCAUGAAGAAGCAAGGCCUCCAGAUGCAAUGCCUCCCUUUCACGCUGCCCUGGUCGCAGCUUCGACAAGCGCGUCUCAGUAACAUACCCCUUGCCGUAUCACUGGAGAUCCUGGCCGAGUGCAAGUUUCUCAGUUCGUUUGUGUGGUGGGACGAGCGCACCGCGAACGAGGUCGAUCUGCAGGAUAUCAUGCCAUCCGGCCGAGUAGUCUCCGACUCCGUCACCGAGCUGUCCGUCGCGCUCGAGGGGCUCGAGAACACAAGCCUCGGAAACUUGCUGCGGUGGGCAUCCAUGCCCUCUCUCGCCAACAUUGAAGUGGCGUACGCGCCGACGGGGCUGCUAGUGUCCUUCAUCAAACAGUCCGCGUGCCGACUCACCACGCUGAGCCUCCAUGCGUCCAUCUACACGAUGUCUUCAGAAAAUUUCCUGGUCAUCUUCGAAGCCGUGCCUGAGCUGGAAAGGCUCUCCUUCCUAUAUGACACGUACUUCGAGGAUGACUGGAUGCCGCAGUACGAAGGGGAGACGAUGAGCCUGUUUCUUCACGCUCUCUCCACCGCGCUCUGUCACGUACAACCGCAUCCGAGCACAGCCUAUCGCUACCUGCCUCGGCUGAACACGUUCUUCUUCCGCUGCCCGGAGCGAUGCGACACAUCUUUCUUGGCGAUGAUAUCGCUCAGAGGACGCAGCCGCAGGCCAGAUCCGCGUAACCUGGCGAAAACAGCACCUUUGCGCGAGGUCUGGCUGGAGACGCCGCUCAAUCAAGAGGAUGUUGAUUUCAUGAGGGUAUUGUCCCUGGCGCAGGGAUUCGAGCUCUACGGCCUCAACACAUGUAGUGCGAUGUACGAUGCGCUGUUGCCGCACGACUGGAAGCCGCCUCUCGAGGUAUCGAGGUGCGCACUGAUUGAUACACGUGCGCUGCUGCUUUCGACAUAAAGUCAUUCUUCUGCAGGCAAGAUAGACCGAGUAUCGACGAAGAGAGCAUCUCAGUCUUUCACUAAGAUGGCGUCAAAGCGGCAGGAUCCGCGUACAAUCUAGAGUGUAUUUGGUCUAGUGAGUAAGUACAACAACAAACCCGAAGAGUACAAGAGCGAGAGGCAUCGAGACGUUAUUUGUCCAUGCGGAUCCCGGUACCGUGGCAUCGGGCCUAUGCAAUGGAGGAUUAGUACAAUCUACGCAAAGACCAGACGGUCUACGCACGCAAUACCGUUGUGGUCUGAGUAAGACGGACAAGUAUCGUUGGAAUUGCCCUUGCAUA